AUGGGCACCCUUGGUCUUGUUGGUUAUGGAAGUAGUGACAGCGAGGAUGAACCAACCACCAGAGGAGCCGGGCCCUCGGCAGCUUCUUCGAAUAAUGCUGCUCAAGAUCGAAAGCUUGCAGCUAACGGAACAACCAAAAUAAGAGAGGUUGAUGCAGCGGUAAACGGCGAUGGAGCGGCUGGCAAAGACAUUGACGAGGACGGCCCGAUGGUAGGUCCUACGAUGCCCGAGCACUUCAACGACCAUGAGCAAGAACAGCCAUUUGAGCCUGAACACCGAAUGUCCGAACGGGAGACUAUUCAUGAUCUCACACAGACGACUCAUCCCAUGACGUCCAUGCCGCCGUCGCCUCCCGGUUCCCCUGAUCCAGCACUCAAUGCAAAAUUCAGACGAUUCCUGGAACUGAAGGCGAAAGGAGUUCACUUCAAUGAAGACCUGGCAAAUAAGUCAACCUUCAGAAAUCCAGGCAUCCUGGCUACCAUGAUCACACGGGCAGGCCUAGAAGACCGUGAUCAGUACAAAACUUCGCUGCCUGUGGAUGUCUUCAAUCCCGGGGGAUUUCCCGCUGCUGCGUACAAGGGAGAACUUCUACGCAGUCAACAGGAUCUGAGAGAACAAGAACAGGCGGCUAAGAAGACCCUCUCAGCGACCGGAAAGAGAACCAUCGAGUUCGCUUCCGCGGGGACUUCUGCCAGCUCCAGUCGAGAAUCGACAGCCGAAACGCCAAAUAAACGAAAACGGCCCUGA